CAUACCUACCUACAGACAGGUUUUUGUCUCGAUCAAGGUCACAGUUGAAGCGAAUGUUUGUAAAUAUGUAAAAUAAGUUAUAGUUACUAAAAAAUGUAAUCUAAGUAUAAGGGUUUUUAAGUGUUCUGCAGCUGUUUCUCCUUUACAUACACAAUAAUGACGAAAAUUUUAGUUGCUGGUAUUUUAGCAGGAUGCCUUCUUAUGAUACCUGCUGGCAUUUCUGAAGCUAGUUAUGGGCUAUAUGCACAAAGACUUUUAAAAGAUGAUCACACAGUGAAGAUCACGUUGACUCUUAUAAGUAUAUUUAGAUUAUUUUCCAAAAUAGGAAGCAUUAGUGGAUCAUUAGUAUUUAGUAUUUUAGCGGAGAUUAUUGGCAGAAAAUAUACAAUAACUGCUAUAUCAAUACCAUACAUAAUAUCAUGCAUUACUUUCCAACUUACAUCAACUUACAUGAUGGGUUGUGUAGCAAACUUUUUAACUGGUUUUUCAAUAGGCGGUGCUUAUUCUAUCUUACCCAUAUACAUUGGAGAAGUCGCCACUAAAUCAUCAAGAGGGAGGCUGAUUUCUCUUCUCCAUACGUCUUUCAUAUUGGGAAGAUUUUUUGUAGGAGCCAUACUGGGACAAUUUUUUAUUAAAAAUUCGCUUCCAGUAAUAAAUUUUACUACUGGAGUUUUGGCAAUUUUUGCUGCAAUUUUAUCAAUUGCAUUUGUGACCGAAACUCCUUACUUUUACUUAAAAAAGGUAAAGCAUGAAUUAGUCAAAAUAAGUUUACAAAAAGUAAGAAGAAAAAAUGCAAACUACGAAUUAGAGCUUACCGAAAUUCAAGAGAGAAAGACAUUCGGGAUUCCUGAUAACGGAGUAGGAAAGGGCAUGUUUUUUAAAUAUAAGUGGCUUAAACCAUACCUAUUGUUGACUUGCCUUUAUGUUCUCAUAUGGCUAUCACUAUUUUUAACUUUUUCAAUUCCCGUACGUCAAACUUAUUACGAUGCAAAUAUAGAUCCAGAGAUUAAAGCAUUAGUAGUUGGUGGCGUGAAUUUGGUUUCUUCCUUGGUUAUUCUGUUAUUGAUCGACAAACUUGGAAGAAAAUUGUCCCUCAUGUAUUCUUUUGCAGCAAUAACUGGAAUUUGUUUGGUAUUUUUUGUGUUAAAACAAUCCAAAGCGCCCUUAGAUGUACUUUUUAUAAUUUAUCCAUCAAUUAGCAUUGCUAUUAAUAUAGGGGUAGGUCCUGUUCCAUCCGUGUUAUUAGGCGAAAUAUUUCCUCUUAACCAAAAAAUGGUAUGUUCAGGUAUUUCUAAUGCAGUGUACUUCACAUUACAAGCCGUUAUGUUAGCUUUAGACGAACUUAAUUUGAAAUAUGACAGUUUCCCCAAUAUUCACGUUUAUGUAUCUUUUAUUGUAUCCACAGCAUCUGUUUUAAUUAUAAAAUUAUUUUAUAUUGAGACAAAAUGUAAAAGUUUAAGUGAAAUUGAACGAGAACUUAACAGGUGAUUAAAACUUUGGAUAACUAAAUAAGUCCAGCAUUUAUACCAGUCCCAAAUGGUUUAAAUAUAUUUUACAAACAUUUUUUAAAGUGACUUAUAUAGAUGGAGGAUAUGUAGACGAAUUAAAGUAAAUUGAGAUUAAUAAUUAUGUUACCUGUAACAAUUGAUUUAGAUUUAAGUGUAUUUAUAAUAGUUUUAUUAAAUUUUUAAAUAGUAAA